AAACAUUGUAUGAGGAAACAUUGCAAAAUGGAAACGCAUUGCCUGUCCGCGACAGAAAGUCAAAUUUGCCUUCAGUACUGGUCGUUUAUGUUCACCAUUCGGUCUAGGAGCGGUUUGCCAGGCUGGCCACGCUUCACUUGGGUAGCGAGCCACUUUCGAGUCAUGUGCUGCAAUGUAAUCCAAUAGAGCGGCGGGACCCUUCCGCCCAGUCCCGGGGAGGAGGCUCGCCGCGCGCCACUGCGCGAGCCGGCCGUGCAGCAUCCACAUCCACAACCUGUUGACAGCUGUGCAAACUAACCAGAAACCACGCAACUUUCAGCCCUGUGUUUUUCGGAUUCCAACACACUCAGAAACGUGCAUUCAGAGGACAUCAGAUUACUGAACGCGGAGGCGCCAAAGAAACAUUUCCACAGAUCUGUAAAGUGGGGAGUAACGUUUGAAGAAACGCGAUGGAGUGUCAUAAACCCUGUAGAGCAUGACUUCCGUCUAAACUAAUGAAUGAUGUCGGAAUAGGACGUGAAUGUCAUUAAUGGUCAAAGUCAUGCGCUGGAAAGUUCUGGGUUGCGCGGAAGCUCCACAUACAGGUGGUCUCCACGCGUCGCACAAAACCGUCCGGAUAACCUACCUCUUCUCGUGCGACGCUCACUUCUAACGUCCCAGGUUAUAAUUUGAGAAUAUUACGACAUUUUCACUUCCACAAUGAAACUGUUUACUAUGAUUUUCGUGGUAACUGGCUUGUGGAGGAGCAGUCUGACAAACAGGAACUGCCCAGAGCUUUUCUUCGACAGCUGUCACUGCGCAUCCGAGCGAUCCAAAGAGUUAAGUCUGCAGAAGAUCCGUGUGAAAGUUGCGUGUGACGACGCAGACCUGAUGGACACGCUCCAGGCUACUUUCCUGCCCAAUACCACGGUCUCGCUGAUCCUCAGCAAUAACAAAAUCUCGAUGGUGAGGAACGCCUCUUUCCUCGGCUUAUGGGCUCUGGAGAGAUUGGAUCUGAGGAGUAAUUUAAUUAGUACUGUGGAGCCUGGAGCGUUUCGUGGGCUGGCUAUGCUAAAAAGACUCGAUCUUUCCAACAACCGGAUUGGCUGCCUCUCUCCCGAGAUGUUCGUUGACCUUGGCGCUCUCUCCAGGCUAAAUUUAUCUGGAAAUAUUUUCUCCACGCUGCCUGAGGGGCUGUUUGUGCACUUGAUUUCUCUGAGAGCUCUACACUUCAGAACAGAUUACCUGUUUUGUGACUGUCAGCUGGAGUGGUUGCUGCUCUGGGCCAGAGCCCGGUCAGUACGUGUGGGAAAUGAGACGACAUGCGUGUAUCCCUCAUACCUCCGUGGACUUGCGUUCCACAGCCUCCAAGGAUACCAGCUCAUCUGUGACGGCCGCCUGGAGCUGCCCCUGCUCCAGCUCAUCCCCUCGCGGAGGCAGCUGGUGUUCCGCGGCGACCGCCUGGCCGUCCAGUGCACCGCCUCCUACCUGGACACGUCCGUCACGCUGGGCUGGAGCCAUGAGAGACGUGCGGUGCGUGCGCGCCAUCGGGUGGGUGUGCACGUGGAGGAGAGCGUCGUGCACGACUGCUGCCUCAUCACCAGUGAGCUAAUCCUCUCCAGUGUGGAUGCUGGUGUUUCUGGUAAUUGGCGGUGCCAUGUGACCAGUUCCCGUGGCAACAGCUCCAUUGGCAUGGAAAUUGUUGUUCUGGAGACGUCUGCAGUACACUGUUCGGCAGAGAGAGUCACCAGUAACAAAGGUGACUUCAGGUGGCCUAAGACCCUGGCUGGCAUCAUGGCCUUCCUCCCCUGUGCAGCCCAGAGCUCCAGCCCUCAUGAGAAGAGGGCGUGGCGUCGCUGUGACAAGCUGGGCCAGUGGGCCGAGGAAGACUACAACCAGUGCCCAUAUACCAACAAGUUUACCCGCGUGCUGUACGAACUCACACAGACUCCAGUGAACACCUCCAACGUACUGGACCUGGCUCGCCAACUUGCUUCCUUCACCAACAGCGCGGUCAUGUUUGGUGACAUGAUGGACAUCAUCUUCGUCACGCACCUCGUAGAGAGAAUCACGCAUCUGGUUGAUCGUGUCCAUGAACUGGGGGACUUUGUGUCGGACAUUGCCAGCAACAUGAUGCAGGUGGAAGAGCACGUCCUGUGGAUGGCCCAGAGUGAGGCCCGGGCGUGCACGCGUCUAGUGCGGUGUGUGGAGCGCCUGGCCGACCUCGCCAUGCAUGCCAACGCCCACAACGUCUCCAAGGUCUCUCCUAACAUAGCUCUUGAAGCUUUCAUGCUCAGGCCUGCGAGUGAGAAGGGUUUGUUGUGUACGGUGGUGCAGCAGACCUCUCUGGCGCCCCCUGUGGCUGACACUGGUCAGCGCAGGGCUCCUGGAUUUUCUAGGGCUUCAAGGUCACUGGAAAACACUGUCCUCAGUUUCAAAUGUCACACAGUCAAUGUCACAGGUUCACCUACUGGCCAGCUCAGUCAGAACGCAGUGGCUGUCGCCUCAAUCCAUUUACCGCUGGCUGGCUCUCCUCGCGCCUCUGCGUUGCAAUCUGUUGAUAAGUCGACUUGCAAGCUGCAGUUUAUUGUCUUUCGCAAUGGGAAACUCUUUCCUUGCACAGGGAAUUCGUCAAACCUUGCAGAUGACGGGAAACGGAGAAGCGUUUCGACACCAGUUGCUUUCAUCAAAUUAGAUGGGUGCAGCCUGAGGAGCGCGGUUCAGCCCGUGACCAUCGCCCUUAGGCACUUCGCGCUGGGUGUAGACCCCACCGCAGCCUACUGGGAUUUCGACCUGCUAGAUGGACACGGUGGCUGGCGGGCAGAGGGUUGCCACAUAACAGGGUCCGCGGGAAACACGACCACUAUUCACUGCACACAUCACAAGAACUUCGCUGUGCUGAUGGAUCUGAAGAAGGUGCUGUCAUUCCCUCCAUACCCAGGGGAGUUCCUGCACCCGGUCGUGUAUGCCUGUACCGCUGUCAUGCUGCUAUGUCUCUUCGCCUCCAUCAUCACUUAUAUCGUGCAUCACAGUGCGAUCCGGAUCAGCCGCAAGGGAUGGCACGUACUCGUGAACUUCUGCUUCCACACGGCACUGACGUUCGCCAUGUUUGCCGGAGGCAUCAACCGCAUCAAAUACCCCAUCUUCUGCCAGGCCGUCGGGGUAGUACUUCAUUACUCCUCUUUAUCUACUAUGCUGUGGCUGGGAUUUACAGCUCGUAACAUCUACAAACAGGUGACCAAGAAACCUCCCCAGCCCCAGGAUGGAGACAUCCCCCCCCAUCCCCCCAGAUCCCCCAUGCUGAGGUUUUAUUUAGUCGGCGGAGGAAUUCCCUUCAUUAUAUGUGGCAUCACAGCUGCAAUCAACAUAGAAAAUUAUGGCAGUGGAGAACAAACCCCAUACUGCUGGAUGGCGUGGGAGCCCAGCCUGGGGGCGUUCUACGGCCCCGUGGCCUUCGUCAUCCUGGUCACAUGCAUCUACUUCCUGUGCACGUUCGUCCAGCUGCGCAGGCACCCAGAGAGGAAGUAUGAGCUGAGGGCAGUUCCCGAGGAGCAGCAGAGGCUGGCCGCGGCCGACGUGGCGCACUGCCACCACCAGGGGGAGCCUGGGAUGGGCGCAGGCGAAGCGUGCCGCUGCCAUAGCGGCUGCGCGGGCCUGAUCAACCCGUCGCUGCUGGCCAACGAGCACUCGUUCAAGGCGCAGCUGCGCACGGCCGCGUUCACGCUGUUCAUGUUCGUGGCGACGUGGACAUUCGGGGCCCUGGCCGUGUCACAGGGCCACCUGCUGGACAUGAUCUUCAGCUGUCUGUACGGGGCGUUCUCCGUCACGCUCGGCCUGUUCGUGCUCAUCCACCACUGUGCCAAGCGCGACGACGUCUGGCACUGCUGGUGCGCCUGCUGUCCCGGCCGCCGCGCGGGCACCUGCCAGGGCCACGCGCGGGCCCGCGCGCGCCCAAAGGUCAACGUGAAUGGCGACGUGCAUGGCCACGUCCAUGGCCACACCCACUGCCACUUGGACUCACCCUGCCCGGGGAAAUCCAUCCUCGCGCACCCGCACUCGCACGCCGCCGGCUUGUGUAAGCUGGGUGGGCUGCAGACACAGGACCACACCCCCUGCCUGAGCCCAGUGAGCCCGUGCUGCACCACCCUGCACAGCCAGCAGCUGCUGGAGGAACAGCCGUCACCUCGCCUGCUGCUCCACGCCGACCCCGAGGGCUACCGGCCCGCUCUGAACCCGCACCGGUGCCUGAGGGCCGGGAGGACUAAGGCGCGGCCCAGUGGCCGGCGCCAGGCAGCCGCGGCAGUGGAGAGAGAGCUGUCCUUCCACAUCCCAGCCAGCAUGGACGGGGGCAGCGCGGGCAGCUCACGCUCACCCAGCCCCGCCAGCACCUGCGAGCGGCAGAGCCGCCUAUGCCAGCUGGCGGGCGAGGGCCCCCAGGCCUGCGUGUGCCGCGAAGCUCCCGCGUGCCAUGCCGCCCUGUGCCACCGGCAGUCCUGUUGUGCCGCGCCGGAACUCCUCCCCUCGCCGCUGUGCCAGGCGGAGGGCAGCGAAGCCCCAACCUUCCUGUGCAGCUGCGGGAAGGUGGUGGAGGACGACCGGGCGGUGCCGCGCCACGCCCACGUGGAGAUGCACCCGCGCAGACAGUCUUUCCCCCAGAGCCAGCCCAGCCAGAACGGCCUGCUGAAGGGCAGCAUGCAUGAGGGCCUCCUCUACCCCUCCGACAGCACGGGGAAUAUACGCACCGGCCCCUGGAGGAACGAGACUACCGUGUAGUUGAACUGCUCUGGCUCACGUUCACUUGACAACCACCUGAAGGAUUUAAAAAGGAUACAGAUAUUAUGGAGAUUCAUGAAUUCUCUUUGGGUUUUAACAAUAUCACAAUCAUUCCAUUCUGUUUUCUUUCUUGAUUCAUGAAGUACACGUUCAGGAUUGGCUACGCAGAAACGCACCCGCGCGACCAAACACGAGCUUGUUUGACCUGGGGUUUCAUCCUAGAUCCUGAUUUUACCUUCUGCCACAGAGGUCAUUUUGUUAAUACACGAUAACAUGGUGUGAUCAUUUGUGUGGGUAUGUGUGUGGGUGUGGAUGUUUAUGCGUGAGUGUGUAUGAGUGUUAUUGUUUGUAGGUGUGUGUGAGUGAGUACGCACGUGUGUGUAUGUGCGCACGCAAGUGUACUUGUACAUGCUGUAUGUUUGUAUGCAAAUGUAAUCAGUUUAGUGUUGGUGAACAAUUCUUAAGAUACUAGAGAAUACUCUGAUAAGACCUACGUUACUGAGGAUGUUACUGACAGUGGCCAAAAUGUCCAACUCAUUAAAAAAAGUACAAAUUGCAAGUGUCCAAGUUCAAAAUGAAACCCUCACCAGCAAUUUGAACACAUCUGUGUUUUCACGAUUUUAACAUGAUUACUAUAUACUGUGACCAACAGUUGAAACUUAGUAAUAUACAAAAGGAACAAACACCUGCUUCUCACUUUGGUUUUGCCUAUAUGGUGUGCAAACUAAAAAAAAACAAACAAAAAAACAGACUGUAUCUGGUUGUUUUACUGCAGAUCUGUAUUAAUUAUACUGUUUCUAUGGUGAAUCACCGUGCUGUUGUCAUGGAGACAUUUGUACAACAAUCCUAUUGUGUUAACUUCUGGUGCUAGAAGGACAAUUAACAUUAUUACAUAACCAUGUUCUAUCAGCCUAGCUGUAGCAGGCGGAACAAACUACUCACGGCUGAGGAGAACACACACAAUAUGACCUAUUAGCUUAUAUAAUAAUAUAUAAGCCAUCAAAAUAUAUAUACAUCAAACAGUAUAGGGGAACAAUAUCAGUGGGCUUUUGACCCUUAUGUGGACAAAGUUAUUUAAAUUAUUAUUAUUAUUAUUAUUAUUAUUAUGGAGGUAUAAGGCUAUGGUUUAGUUGGUUCCUGCCUGCCUAGUCUAGCCCAUCCUCCCUAAAGAGCGAGAGUUUAAGGUCACAUUGCACUGACAUAGUCCACACUAUGUACUCUUUCCGCCUCAUUUCAGUAUGUUGUAGGACCGUGACUUCUGUAUUUUUUCAGCCAAAGGUCACAUCUGGAGUGUGAAGUGCAAAAAUAGAAGAAGGUCAAGUCAUGAAAGACAACAGAGGACUUUUGGAUCUUGGACUUGUUUCUGAGUUUGGUUUGUGAGUUUGGUUUUUGGGACUUCUAGCCAAGCUGCUGGAUUCUUUGCCUCACCUACUCACUUACGGCUGCCGUUCCUGUGUGCCAUUCUUUAAUCACCAUGUGUUAGAAAUCCGUGCCUAUUUUGGACCUAUCAACAAACUUUUAAUUAAGAAUAAUUAUGAUAUUUAGAGUAACAGUAUUUAAACGAGGAUUUUAAUAAGAAAAGUAAUAUCCCUCUUUUAGGUUAUUGCUCAGUAUCUGAGUUUAGAGUUCUUUUUUUUUUUCUAAUGUAUCUGUCUCUGCGGGUUUGUCGACAUGCAAAUACACUGUGACAUUCAUUUGAAAUGACAAUGAGAGAAGGAGGAGGAGCCUCCGCCAUUCCACUCAGUGUUUUAUUCAAGGCCGGAGAAGUUUGAAUACUUGUUUAACUGAUUCCAUUCAGUUACCCAUGUCAAAACCGAGAAGAAAAAAAACCCAAGACAAAUGUAUCACUUAAGCGAGACGGUUCGACUGUGAGACCAGCUGCCAGCGGAGGUCUGACUGCUCCUCUUGAAGAAGAUGGGCUCUUAGACUCUCAGGAAAUGAUCAGUUCUGAAAUAGCAGCUGCUUCCGUCCAUAUUUUUGCUGAAUCUUUUUAUUCCAGGCGAAUUUGAACGAGUCCUUCUGCCUCAGUAAUGUUCUCCAGCUACUCUGUCCGCUGCUUUCUCAUCUGUUUCUCACCCGCCGCCUGCAUCUCCUAACAGAAAGGUUCUUUUAACAAGUAUUCAACUUUGCAUGGUUAACCGGUCAUUCAUAGGUAAUUACACACAGGUUUAAGAAGCCCUCGCUUCUGUUGCGACGUGAGGAUGUGAACAGACCUUGUCCAGGCUGCCAAACUCUGGAUGCCAAAUCUGUUGUCACCCAUUGGCUCUGCAGUACAUCUGUAUUAUGUCAGCUCCGAAAUAAAGCAGGAUAAACAAUAUAUCACGGCUGUGGCCAUCUUCAGUAACUUACCUUCCAGGCCAGAACGUGCAGGCUCGUGCAUUUCCCACGGGUGCCUGACUCGGGGCGUGCAAAGCACAGUGUUGCCGGAUGUCUCCACAGCUUUGCUGUUGUUGCCCAUCAGUGGGAUGAUCUGUAAGUGUCGUGACCCGAGGCGCGAGAGAGCCGCGCGGCCCUCCGUACUCGAUCAGCCGUUACCGCGGGAAGACAUGCCCCCCGGAGGCCUGCUCGCCAUCCACCGUCCCUGCACAUCUGUCUGUCAUCAAGCGCAGUGUCCAUCAUUGUGGAGCACAGUGGUAAGACUGCCUGUAGACUUGUGAGUGUGAGUUUGUGUGUUAGGAUGCCUCUCUGGUGGUGUAAGCAAACCCAGAUUCAACAAAGAUUUAUUACAUUUAUCGUGGACUUCAAUAAAUGUAUUUUUUCACCACUGA